AUGGCGAUUGGAGAUCCAACAUCAUUCGGACAAAUCAAUCAAGAUUCAUCAGAUUCUCGGCCAGAUUUCUUCAAAACUCAAGCUACAAAGAAGAGAUUGGUCAAUAUAGACGCUUCCAAAUACGAAUAUCUAAAGGAUCUUGGUGAAGGUAAGGUGUUUUUGUAAUUUUUUUUGGUUUUUAGGCAGUUGAAGCAAUUUGAAAAAGGCUUUUUGGAUAAGAAGGCAGUUGUGGGUAGUAUAACAUAAAUUUUUUGAUGAUACCUAUGGAAAUCUUGAUGUUUGAAUAUGAUAUGAUGCUAGAAAGUUAGAAAAGAUUUUAAAGGAAGAUUUGAGUACAUGUAUGAUAUGUUUUAAAGAUUUUUUAUUGAAGAAACUUUUAAAUACCUUGUUGUAGAUAUAAUAGUUGGGCUUUUGGUUGUUUCUGGCCUGUUUGAUAACGCUUGGGGCUUUUAUCUUUCUUAAAAUUAUUGACAAGACCAUAGAGCACAUUUUGAGAGCUGUGGUGUUUAAUUUCAGGCGAAUUUGGUGUGGUAAAGCUGAAAGUAAACGUAGAUGACCCAAAUCAGCUGGUCGCAGUCAAAACGAUACAUUCUGAUGCAAGACCUCGAGGUUUGAGACAAAUUGCUUUAGAAUUGACGACAUUAGUGAUGGUUAGAGGUCACGCGAAUGUUGUGGAACUUCUCGGCCGACAUGGAAUGAUUGGCGAGCCGAAAUACGACUUCUACAUGGAAUAUUGUGAUGGCGGAGAGCUUUUUGAUCGAAUUGGUAAGUUUUUGAAGUAGAAAUACUGUUUUUAAUGUUUGGAAUGUUUAGGGGUCGUAAACGAAUGUUUUACUUGCAGAUCCGGACACUGGGAUGGAAAUAGAAUGGGCCAGGUUCUACUUCAUCCAGCUGUUCGAAGCUUUGGACUACAUUCAUUCAAAGGGCAUUUGCCAUCGUGAUAUCAAGCCUGAAAAUAUAUUGCUUACAUCAAAUGGUAUGCUUUUAAACUGGUUUUGCUAUUUUUGAAACUAAAUUUGGAUUAACAUACUAGAAAUUGAAUUUACAGCUAUACUCAUAUUACACUUGGUCUUAGCUGGAACUUUUUGUCAGAACUUGGUCAAUAUUUUGUUGAUUUGGUUAAUUUUAGGCUUAAAUGAAAGAAAAAUGAAUGUUUUUAGAUAUUGUAAAGCUGAGUGAUUUUGGAAUGGCAACCAUGUUCAGAAAUGGCCAAGAAAGGAAGUAUCUCACUCAAGCUUGUGGUACCCCACAAUAUGCAGCUCCAGAGGUGUGGAAUGACAGAAAAUAUUAGUAAGGCUAACGUUUUAGAUGAAGAAGAUAAUGUAUGACAUUAUGCUUUAAUUUGGCACUAUUGUGUUAGCUACGAAAGGUUUUAUGAUUAAUUUUGUAUAUUGCACUAGGCAAAAAUUGUGGUUUUUGGUCGAAAUUGUUGGUUUUCAUGGUUUAAUCGUUGUUUUUAUGGACUCUAAAGACCAAAACUUAAAACCUUGGGUUUUCUGUAUUUAAAAACAAUUAAAAAGUUUAAUUUUCAGCUAUUUUUGAGCUAAAAAAUGAUGUUUUUUGUCCUAAAACUGUGGUUUUAGUGGAGAUAUGGCGGAUAUCUGGUCAACAGGGGUUACAUUGCUAGUUUGUCUUACUGGAAUUAUGCCGUGGGAGCAUCCAUCAGCUGAUAACGAACUGUACGAAGCUUUUCUCAACAAAAAGGAUGUCACUUUACAACCUUUUUGUCGACUUGACAUUGAGACUGUUGGUAAGGAUAAUAUAUUUUUUUCGAAAAAAAAUUUUUUUUUGAUUAAAAAUCAAAUUUUGAACUAAAAAUACUUGAUUUUAGGCUUUUUACAAAUGGUAAUCAACAAAGACUUCAAAGAACGAGCCAAUUUGAAUAGGAUUAGAGACCAUCGGUGGCUACGUCAAGAUGCUGUCCGAGUAUCACCAACGCCGCAGGUUGAUAACGAGGAAAUGGCAACGGCUACUCAACCAAUAGCUGGUAGACAGAGCAUGUAUGAUCAAACAUUGUCGCAACUUCAAAAGGCUCUGUGAGUUUUUGGGAGAUUUAAAAAUUGAACUUAGAAAAUGAAAAAAUGUUUGAAAAUUUGUUUUUACUAUGCUCUAAGGUACCAGUUUUGAUGAAUUUAAAAAAAUCUUAAAUUUAAAAAUAAUUUUCAAAAAUUGAAAUUAUUUUAAAAAUUUUGUUUUUUACUUUAAGGACUUAGUUUUGAUUUUUUAUCAAUUUCAGUGAAACAGAACGGCCAAAAUACGCAUUUUCACAGUCAUUGGAAAACGAACUUUUACUGUUCUCCCAAACUCUUGGCGCUUCACAGGCUUCUGUAUUCGUAAGUUUGUGUAAAGUACGAUGAACUAUCUAACUAAGUCUAAAUUUGCAUUUUUUUACUCAAAAACGCUUAGUUUUAACGUUUUUCCGCCGUUUUUUAAACAUUGCAAGACGUUUUUAGCAAUUUAACUCAUUUCAGCACCCACUUCACAGUUUUGCCCGUCGAAUCACACGAUUUGCGGUCGAGGAAUCUAUGGACGAUUUGGUGUGUCACAUUGAAGAAGCCUGCAUUGCCUUAGGAUACUCGACGAAAGUACAACAACCCCAUCAGAUCCUAGUGGAAACGACUUAUUGUAGAAGAACGGUGAAUUUUGUGAUCCAUAUCUACGAGGUUCAUGGUGGAAAACUCAUGGUUGAUGUUAGGAGGUGGGUUUUAUCAUAUUUUUUGAAAUUUCGAACGUUUUGACAAUGUGUGUUCUUGUGGUAUAGUGGCAGUGGGUUGGGGGUUGAGGAUUGGGACGGAGGUUCGAUUCCGGUUGGAGGAAACGGCGUUUUUUUUGACAUUUUUGGAGGACAUUAAAGGUUAUUUGAUGUUGAAUAAGGUUUAAAAAAGUUUUACGUGUACUAAAAAUGUUAUUUUGGUUGGUAACAUUAGCUGGUUUUUGAAAAAAUGGCAAAAAAAGUCUAAUUUAAAAAAAAUUUUUUACGAUUUUGCCUCAAAACCUAUCGAAGUAUGCCAUUUUCAGAUCAAAAGGACAUGGCAUUGACUUUAAGAAUGUGUACAAAGCCUUCAGAAAAGAGAUUGACCCAUACGUGUCAACGGAAUCGGAUACAUGGCUAAAAGAACUAGGCCUCUUCCCAAAUACUCAAGAACUACUGGAUGCCAUGACACAACAAAAGUCUGCUGAAACUUAA